CUCCUAUAGGUGAGUGGGCUGCAAGUCAAAUUAGCUCUCCGUCAUCCUGCUCGCUGAGCGCACCCGAGGCUACUGCGGUAAGAUGCGGCGACGCACGAUGCCGAGUCGCUGUGGAUGAGAUGAUGCGCAAUGGCCGAACGAGACUGGAGAGAGAGACUGAAAAAGAUUCACUGUGGUCGGCUCUAAUUGAGACGAUGGGACAGAACUGAAUGCAUGUUUGAUUUUAGCGCUGUAGCUCCAGUGGUACAGGCCGACUGGAAGGAUGUGGUGGCUCUGAUCCCACUGAAGGAUGCUCCAGAGCCCGAUGAGGGUUGAAUAGGCUUCGCCUGUAAACAACAAGGAAGCAGAGAGACAUUAAGUGAAGGACACUUAAUUCAAGUGUGGAAAGGAGACGCUGAAGAAUUGAAUGAGGUUGUUUUGUGACAGCUGAGUCAGUCCUCAGUGACGAGAGACCAGCCGACAGGGAGGGCUGUGAAGACGGCGUCACUGAGCAUCAGUCUGGAAGAAAACAAACUUCUCAUUAUCCUCUCUAUCAUCGGCUCUGACAGCUGGACGUCUGACCCGGGCAUUUCUUUUCUUCUUCAGGAGACUCUCAAAGUUAAGGAGUAAUAAAGGAAAACAGAAGCACAACUCCAGCUUGCUGUGAGGAAACGACUGAUUCUGUUUUUCAUUUUUUUGUCCAAAAACUCAGAUGUUGUCAGAAUGAGCUGUUAAAACAUGAGAUUAGCAAGAGAGUCAGCUCUCUCUUGCAGGGUCAAGUAAAUAAUUCCUCCUCAGUCCAGAUGAAUCAGUAAGAAAUUCUAGAAAUUAUUUUAGCUUUUUUUCCCAAACUAUGAUCUUUUUACCUUUUGAGCUCUCACGUUGUGAAUCGAGAAUACACUCUUGAUUGUGCAAGCGUUCCCUCUCACCUGACAAGCUACAUUUUAACAAAGGAUAAGUGAGGACAAACCAAUAAAACAUAGAUGAGGCCAAUAACAAGUACCAUGCUCCAGCAGAAUAACAACAACAACUACCCCUGCCUGAAUGUGUCAGGCUCCAGCCGCGAGAUGCUCCAAAAGUGCUCCAGAUCUUCUCUGCCCUUCCCCAGCCGACUGGAGCUGGGCCUAGGUGACCUGCCGCUAAUCAGGGGCCUCCGUGCCUGGGCCCUGUGCUCCAAGAACCGCCGGAAGGCUGGUGGGCUGCUUGGUGGGGGACAAGCCCACACAGCUCCCCCUGCAGGCCGUGGGGGUUCAAAUUCCUGCCACAGGCCUACAGAUGUGUACCUCAGCGGGGAGUGGGGUCGCAUGGGGUACGGGCUUCCCUUGGGGCUGGAUGCAGGGCAGGCUGGGAUUGGCGCUUUGGUCACCGUUGCCACUCUAAAGACCUCAGAAGGCAGCGGGAAGACACAGACUCAAUGCCUCUUCCUCCGGACUGAGAAAGGGAGCUGUUUGUACUCGACAGCUAAGCCCGGUUCUGGUGUGACUACCGGUUCAGCGUCCAGCGUGGUAGGGGGAUGGCUGAGAGGGAAGACAGGAGGAGGAGGGAGCAGAGAUACCCCAGCCGGGAGGAGGGACCAUGGGCCAACUCCGGCAGCACAGACCGGAGCAAACCGGGUUAGAGUGAGAUCAGGCCGGAGGUGGAGGAAGUCCUGUAAUGCAGCAUGCCGGGAGAAAACAGGCGUUAGCAGAGAGAGGCAGCAGAGCAGCAGGGAGGGUCCUGCUGGAGAACUCACUCUGGAAGAAAGGCAGGAAGAGCAAGACAAAGGAGGCCUGGACAGUAAACAGUUUCCCAGCCCACAGCAGGAUACCAGGAGAGCCAAACAGGAGAAAGAAGGAGCAUUCAGAAGUCCCAGAUGCUGCCACAAUGCUUCUCCCAAAACCUGUAUUCAGUGUGGACGGCAAGUACAGAGGAGGGACAGCCAGGAUGAAUACGUGGGAGGUGAAAGUCCAAGAAGAAGCGUCCCAAACAGGCUGAACAGUGAGGGUAAAGGUAUGAGAAAGGAGAGGCAAAAGAAUGACGAGGAGGAGAAGGGAGGUCUCUGCAAGUUAGAGUCGUCUAACUCUGUUUUGGCUGUACCAAACCCUGACCUAGAAUCCAACCACUUUCACCCAGAAUCCCACCGCAGCUGUGAUGUUAAAGAGAUUAGAGAAGGUGAGAGCAACGAGGAGCUGAAGACACAAACCUCUCCCAGCAAGGAUGACGGUUCAGAGAAAGAGGAGGAUGCAAACUCAGAGGUUAUGAAAAUACGUACCGGAAACAAUGAUUUCAGUCAUCACCAUUCUGGCCAAGUGACUGAUGACUUUACAUCAAGGCAUAACAGAUAUUUUGUGGACAGAAAACUAAGUGAAAACCCCUGUGAAGAAAUAGCGGCUAAUGUAAAUGGAUUUUCUGAUCGUGUGGAGACACAUCAAGAACCAGAGAAAGACAUGGACGGUGUGGAAGUUGAAGAGGACGUAGGGAGCAUUAAUCAGACUUUGGGUGAAUUCUCGGUUGAAUCCAAAUCCUAUGAGGACGUCUCUGUCUCUACUUGCCCUGGCUCCAUCAGCACUGCAGUCUCACCUGAGCUCUCCUCUCCUGUAGAGGGCAGCACCUGCAAUGCUGACCAUGAGACUUGUGGUGUUCGGAGAGAGCAAGGGAACAGCAGAGAAGAUCACCUAGAGGGGUAUCAACAAGGGGUAGGAGACCCUGGGAUCAUGGGUAAAGAAGAACUGGAUGUUUGCAGAUGUGAUCAACAAGAGCUGAACUGUGUGGCUGAGGAGAACAACACUGUGAAUGAUAACAGGAAACCUCCGUUUUUCUUUAAAAAUGGGGAAAACAGCAGCCAGCUAGAUGAGAGAGAAGCUUCUUCACCUCUCGAGACAGACAGAAGGAUCGUAAAAGAAAACAGUUGCAUCUUUAGUACAACUGAGCUGAACGGAGCACAGUUUAAAGAUGAGAUUGUGUGGGAGAAUAUAGGGGAGAGAGUAAAUCCAGAGGAACGGGGUGAAGCUGGGGAGAUUUGGAGGAGGGAGUGCACCAGCAGUGGGCUGAAUGGUGGCGAUGGUAAAGGUGAUAAGGAAAAAGAACAACACACUGCGGAUGACAUAAAUGACAGUACCAUACAGGAAGAUGAUAAUAAAGAAGUUAUGAUAAACUGCGCACUAAAAGAAAACUGGAGGUUACAGGAGUCUGCAGACGGAUGCAGGGGAGGGAAGAUACAGGUUGGAAACACCUGUGGACAAACAAGCAUCACUAAUGUUGAAGCAAAUGUCGAGACCAGCACUGAUGUCACUAAUGUUGCCUGUGCUGAUCCCUCCACCUCUCCCACACUCUCUCUGGCUAAUCCUGCCUCCUCAUUGCCCCCAUUGGGAUCCAUGGCAACCAGCCUGCCCUGUCUGGAGGCGGAGAAGGAAGGGGUCGGAGUGACGGCAGGAGACGGAGAAGGAGGCCAGGGAGGGAAGAGGAGGCACGGGAGAGAGCUGGAGGAGCACUGCAAGGAGGAGAGGGGCUCCACCGUGGCCACUGAGGAGGGGAGGAAAGAGGAGGAGGAAGAUGAGUUUGGAAUAUUCAUGCAGGCGGAGGGAGAGCCGGCCUGGAGCGAGGGAUCCAAUAUGUCUGCCUCAGUGCCUUGUGGGAGCAGAGAGAGUGUUGCACUUGGAAACCAUGCCAUCACCGGGGAGUCGACCCACUGGACACCAGGCUGGGCAAACAGCUCGUUCCACAAAUCAGACAACAUCUGGACAGCCUUUCCUCAGGAUUCAUCAGAUGAACGUUGCGACGUCGUGGGGCAGUGGUGGCCGACCAGCGCAGCGGAGGAGAGCAGAGACAGACUUUUGACCAAUCAUAAUCUGGCGGCUCUCUUUGCUGGAGCCUUCCCCUCGCUGCCUGGUUCGUCCUUAAGUGACUCUUGUGACCUCGAUACUGUUCCCACACUGACACAGCUCCUAAGAGGCAAAGCCAGUCAGGACCAGGGGCUGUUGGACAGCUUCCAUGACUUGAACAAAAUGAUUUGCCAGAGAUACAAGAGAGCUAAUGGCGUGUCUCACGACCUGCUGCUGAAGACUUUACACCUGGAACAGCCACACACUGAAAGCAGACAUGCUUCCCGGACAGCCAAUCGCCGUCUCUCCCCUGGACUCCCCUCAGCCAAUGACCAUGCUCAGAACGCUGUUGCUAAGCGACGGCUGUCAUAUGACUACAAUAGAAACAUCAUGGAGUAAUUUUUGAGGGUUCAGCUCUGGUUGGACUGUGAUCAGCCUGACAGAGCAGACAAACAACUGGUUAAGAAAGACUCUGGAUUCACAUCAUGUGUGCUAUCUGCUAGUCAAAUACUGAAUGAGCUUUUGGCUCUUUGCACAAUCCGUGGUUAUUUAAGCCUGAGCCAGUGAGAAGACGUAAACUGGAUGAAAAUGGAGCGAUUCACUUCAGUUGUGUUUCAGAAGUUAUCUCCUCCAGUUCCUGCUGAUGUAUACUGGUGGAGUCUUUUCAUUACACAUGUGCCACCUUGUUCACCACCACCACCACCCUCCUAUUUUAAAUUUCUUUUUUGACCCCAAUGACAGUAGGUUGUCAAAGAUUGUUUGGAGGGUGACAACCUGAAGUUAGGUACUCGUCACCACUUUUGAGGAGGAGGUAAGAAUAUUAUAAUGUCACCACUCCAACCCUAAAAAUGUCCUUCCUGUUAUUUUAUUAUCUUAAAGGAAUAUUAAAAUUGUACCUAAAUAGAAAUAUUCUCAUGUCAGAGCUUCUCUUUUGGCAGAAAUUGUCUCAUUCUUUUAAACUCAAUGCAAUAUUUUUAAAUAUCACAUUUUCUGGGUUAAUUCCUGACCAUUGCAUUCAUGAUUUUAGAAUGUCAGCACGCUUGCUUACUAGCUUAGCUGUAUUGAUAUAGACAACAAUGGCUAAUUUGAACAUGAAAAGUCAGCUAGGCUCCUGUAACUAGCUAACCUUGAUCAUUUUUUGUGAAUGCAUAUUUCCCCCACUUCCCUUUCUCUUAUCUUUUGCCUUUUGCAAGAUAUGAGACGAUAUCUUAUUCAGAAUAUUGUCUCUUCGACUCCCAGGAGUUGUCUAACUCAACCAAUGAGAUUUUUUUCUUCUUCUAGAGCAGCUCUGCCAGAAAAGUUUGUAGAAUUGAUGUGUUCAUGUAAUGUGGAAAUGGAAGAGUGCAAUAAGUGCAACGGAUUUCUGUUUACAUACAUUCAUUUAAAUUAUAUUACUGACAAUGAAAUAACUGUUAUUUAGCACCGAGCUGCAGUUUAUGAUACCCUUUGGGUGUAAAAAAGAAAUCAUUUCUAUUUUCCACAUUAGCACUGAAUUAGUCUCUGUGAAGGAGGCAUUAAUGUUCGCCUUCGAGCAAUUCUGUAUUAUUCAGUGCCAAGUCUGAUGAAUUGGAUCUUUCAUAAAAACUAUAUUUAUACAAAGUUAUAAUUACAAAUACAAUUACAUCCAUAUGAUAUGAAGGCCACAUAAAACUUCAGCCUGCUUCCCAGAAUUUUUUGUUUUGUUUUGUUAGAGAAAAAAAACAGGCUCCUUUUUUGCUGUCACUCAAUUAACAUGCUGGGUUGACCUUACAGCUGCUGGAAAUCUUCAAUAAUAUUGAAACAUACUGUAACAUCUCCCCCCUAUUAAGUUUUCCACCCACACAGAAACCUGCAGUAUAAAAGGCUGCACGGACGCCAACUUAUCUCUACAGAUGUUCAGCCUUUUGUCAGCCCUUUGUUUUUGAAAGACAGAAGUAACAGAACAUCAUGUGAUCACACUGGAGAGCAAAUGUGGGUCCAGAUGAGAUAAUUUUGCAAAGCAAUGCAUGUGCUUUCAUUGUGUAUUUGUUACAGAAAAGCCAAUGAUAUCAAUGAAUCUUAAAAUAAUUUUGGUUCUUCGGAUCAACAAGUUCGUCUUCCAGUUAGUGCCAACAGGAACACCAAUGAAAGUGCCAAUGUUCACGAGGUUAUAGAAGCAAAGCAGACAUAUUCAGGAGGAAACGUUGCCUCUUGACACACUGAAGUGGACUCAAACUAAAUUCUUGGCAUGUGAUGUUUCUCUCUUUUUUUCAUUGCCUUUCUGUCUGGCUUCCUGUCUGCCUCUCUCUCUUUCAGUACGCUCACAGUUGAGUCCACUUCACAGGCAAAACUUGAAUCUUGCUGCCAACAAAACAAUAUUUUUACAAGAAUAUUGUUCACAUUAUGACCAUGUCAAUGAUGCACUGUACUGUAUUUUUAAUUUAGACAUACUGUUACCUUAAAAGGUUUAUUUCGCUCUACGUUGUAUAUUUCACUUGUCAACUCAUUUGUGAUGAUGUUCAGAAACAAUCAUGUGUUUGCGUGUCUGCCAUUUGUGCAAACUUCAAAUUCCUGAAAAAUAAGAAUAUUGAAUAUUGAAAAUGAAUAUUUUCUGAUCUGUUCAAGUGGAGUAGAAGGAGUUGUCGCCUUGUUAACUAAUGUAAUAAAAUGAUAAUCUGUGAUGGCUGAGCACUUCCUCAUGACA